UCUGCAAAACACCUAAAAAUCUACUUACCAUCAAUGGAAGAAAUCGGAAGCAGCAGCAAUCCCCGCGGAACUUCAUCGAGUUACAGAGGGGUUCGGAAAAGAAAAUGGGGCAAAUGGGUGUCUGAAAUUCGGGAGCCUGGAAAGAAGAGCAGGAUUUGGCUAGGCAGCUUCGAGACUCCGGAAAUGGCCGCCGCCGCAUACGACGUCGCAGCCUUGCAUUUCAGGGGACGCGAUGCUCGUCUAAACUUUCCUCAACUUGUCAACGAUCUCCCCAAGCCAAUAAGCUCCGACGCCGACGAUAUUCGGCUGGCGGCUCACUCGGCGGCUGUCCGCAUCAGGACGACUCCGAGUAGUGGAAGUACUUCGACGGGAGCUGCGGAGGGUAGUCCUGGCGGCCCUGUAGGAAACGCCGCGCCGAUCACCGUUCGGCUUUCGCCGAGCCAAAUUCAGGCGAUCAAUGAGUCGCCGUUGGACUCGCCGAAGAUGUGGAUGCAAAUGGCGGGAGCGCUCAUGUUAGACGACGACGUUUCGUCCAUGAGGUUUCCUUAUGAAAUGGAUAUGGAGGAGAAUGAGUGGGAAGAUUUGCAGACGUCACUCUGGGACCCUUGAGUUUUAGGUACUUACAAUUACUCUUACUAAUACGGCGCCGUAUCAUCCUAAUUAUUAAAAAAAAAAAAAACCAACAUUAAUUAUUUAUAACAUUUAUUAUUAUAAUUGAAUAAAUA